AUGAGCGGUGAUGCAAAUACCGACGAUCUUCUGUAUAUGUAUGACUUGAACCGUGCCCUUCAUCAGCCUUGGUAUGCCAUUUCGGCCCUCUCAUACGCCAUUCUGAUCUUGUUGACCUUCUUGGGAAAUGCUUUGGUGAUCUGGACCGUGGUCAGGAGGAAAUACAUGUGGACCGCAAGGAACAUCUUCAUCCUAAAUCUGGCUGUUUCUGAUAUAUUUCUGUGUUUCACCAUGACAAUCACAGCCGUGGAUGUCUUGACCAAAUAUUGGCCUUUCGGGUCCAAUACUCUCUUCCUUUGUCGUGCUGUGAAAGCUUUUCCGUGCUCUGCGGUUUAUCUCUCGUCGAUUACGAUUGUCAUCAUUGCCUUGGAUCGAUAUCGAUUUAUUGUUCACUCUAGUGCCGCUCAAUUAAGUUUGAACCAGUCUCUCAUCAUGCUGCCUUUCAUUGCACUUAUUUCAAUGUUGAUGGGGCUCCCAGUCUUUGUCCACACACAUCUGCAUAUCCCUGAGAUGGCCUUGGAAAACAAUGGCGACAACUUCUGGUCUCAUUUGGUAUUUUGCAUCGAAGAUUGGACUUACGGAGGCUCGGCGAACACGACGGUGAUCCAAAAAGAGAACAAGCGCCACUUUUAUUCCAUCUUCUCUCUGUUCUUUCAAUAUAUCUUACCUUUCACUAUCAUCUCAGUGGUCUAUUCCCUCCUGUAUUGCUACCUGAAGAAGCACAGAAUGGUUCGCGAUGACAAACAAUUGGCAAGGGAACGAGCUCGAAGAACCAAUAUCAUGUUGGCCGCCAUCUCCGUUUUGUAUUGUCUGUGCUGGCUUCCGCUUAACUUCUUCAACCUACUCUCCGAUCUCUAUGAGGGUAUCUUUGAGGGUCAUACGGAAUUGAUGUUGAGUGUCUUCAUUGGUUGCCAUUUGAUCGGCAUGUCGAGUGCAUGCAUCAAUCCGUUCCUCUAUGGUUAUCUGAACGAAUCCUUUCGCAAAGAAUUCACGGAUAUUUUUCAUGCCCUCACUUGCAACAAAGAGGCUCAGUUAGAUAAUGAGCGGAAUCGACGAAUGUCCAUGGUCAACGCUUGACCAAAACGAGGUCAACCCGAUUAUGGUUCCUUGGAUGAGUGAAACGUUGGGACAGGAUAACGAUGUGUGUUCCACGAACCCUUACUACAAGGGAAUAUCCCCAUUACGGGGACAAAAGUGACCGAUCCACGUGCAAGAAGUGUUUAACUUUGUUAAUGUUCUAAGCCAUUUUCAUUCGCGAAGAAAAACUGUUGGGAUCUAUAGGCUCCUAAUGUGGGAACAUACAAUUGCUUUUUCUCUGCAUAAUCAAUAUUGCAUAUAUGUUCCCCUUCACGGUCAAAAAUUGUCAUGAAAGGACGCGAUUUGUCAGAACUUGAACCAUAUAAUAAUCUGCGCUUGAGACUUUGUUAAGUAUUUCUAAUUUAUUCAUAUAUAUGUAUGUCAUCGUCCAUCAGUAUCAAAGUAUUUAAUUUGAAUAAAAACGGGUUUACUAA